AAAUGUGACUCAUCGAAUACCGAAUAGUUACGAAAUACCAGGAUUUUUAUCAUUGUGGUAGAUUGUUGCAUCAUCAUAAUUCACGAGGUUUUCACGUGCGAUUCUACUCAGUGAAACAGUCUUUAACUCCGACAACUUAUUUCUUCAUGUUUUAAAAGCUGUUGCUUCUUAAAAGACAAGAACCUUUUUUAAGGCAUUGGUUACAAAACGAAACAGGUCUUCAUAUGUUCAAGUUACUAUUAUUAUUGUGAAAAGCCGAUCUGAUGUACAGUCACACAGUUGGCACGUGAAAGUGUUGGACUUUGCCCCCUUUUGUGGUUCGUACGUGAGGGAAUUUAAGUUAUCAGACAGUAAUCUAGUAGACAGAAUUAUAAAAAUAACUCAUGCACUCAUUUUGCACGUGAAGAUGUUGGUCUUUGGCCCUUUUACAAUUCGUACGUAAAAAAAACGCAAAUUGUUUACUACAAAAUUUUCUCAAACGAUUUUAAGAAAUCACCUCGGCUUCAUUACAACAUCUACAAUUGAAUUAUGUUUCAUGCAACGUCAAGAUUGAUAGCCUAACAUUUAUUAACUUCCAAGAAAAUCAUCAAACUGCCGAAAUAUAUUUCUACUCAUAUCAUGUUACUCCACUCAAUAAAACAGUAUCUAAUUAUUGUGUCAACUACAACGUUAACGUAGCUUCUUCCAAUUUUAUUCCCUAACGCUACUGUUUCUACUUAAGUUACGCAUCUUUACUAAAUAAAAUACGUUUCAAUAACUAUAAUACUUAGUACGCAGGGAUGAUUUAUCAUGUUGUUCAUUUAUUCUUUUUUCGUUGUUUUGCUGGAAAGAAAAAGUUUGAACCUUGUAAGCGAGAGAAUAAUAUUUUUAAAGCUUGUUUACAGGAUUAACAAUACUCGGUACAGCUUUCAAAAAAAUAAGCUGCCUUUCAAACUUCUAAACCCACAUUUUAUAGGCCGCAUACUUUCGAAUUUAAGUCCAUAUCUAAAUAUCAAUUAUUGCUUCAUUGGAAGAGCUUUGAAAAUAUAUGAUCUUUUACACCCUACCCAGUUGAAGCACGUGAAACAGAACUCAUAAAUACGUGCGUUGUACCGUUUGCGAUAGCCGAAUUCGGUCAGAAAUGUCUUGAAGCAGCAUCCACACUAAAAUAUGAACCAUUAAACAGCUGCAUCACUGUACACAGCAUUUGAAUCAUGAAGAUAUUUUUAAAAUGUAAUGCUUCCAAACACCUGUAGCCGUAAUAAAAGACGAAAAAAUUGUGAAGAAUCAAGAUGGCGGUCUCAAAGUGCCCUUGUCGGCCUUUAGCAAUGCCAUAUUUAAAUAGAUGCCAAGAUCUCAUCGGUUCCUAAGCAUCAACUCAUAGUACCUUCAGCCUUAUUGGCUCUUGCAACAAACAUCCAAACAUACAAAGCCAAGAUGCAUACGCUCACACCACUGACAUAUGAGCUAUUUUUUCAAAAUAGCUCAAAAACAGGAAAAUUUUUUAAUUAUCAUAAAACUGAGGCCGGUCCCGUGCUUAUUCAGAGAUUUUUUAAAAUAAAAAACUUUUGUUUCGCGUCGCCGACCGAACUUUACGCGUGUCAGAGCAGAAGUAACAAUUUCUUUUGAAAAACUAACUAAUGAACCAUCCUAAUUUGAAGAAUUGAAUUUUAAUACUAAAAAUAAAUUGACUGACCUAGGUGUCAGUGAAGACUGUCAACUUUGCGAGAAAAAAAUUCUAAAAUAGAUUAAAAGUCUGAACCGCUGUGAAGAUUACCAUUUCUUCUUACGGAUGCUUUUUGGGACUAUUUUUAAAAUAUUAUUGUCCCCAUAUUUUUAGCGGUAACAUAUGUGUGGCAAAAAAGCUUGACAGAGAGAUGGUUGAAGAUUACAGCUUGGUCAUAACUGCCACGGAUGGUGGAAACAAGGUUUGUAAUGAUAUACAGAACACUCCUUUCUCAGUCAGUUUUUUUCCUUUCUCUCCACUUCUCAAUGGGGCGGGUCUACUUAUUCCACUUGUAGAAGGUUUUCUCAACAACUUUGGUUUCGAUUUUGCACCUUUUCUUUUUGCAAGUGGAUGAUGCCAUUUAAGGCAGGCAAGAUUGAACCUUUCAUCGAGUCUAUAGUUUGUUUUGAGAUAUCUGUUAGCCUAAAAGAUAAUGGUUUUGAUCUUUGGCGGCAAUAAUUUUCUCACCUAAUGAGGUGUCUUUUCAUAAUAGGAGGUCAUCUCAUUUAGUUUUGGUCAUUAGUUAAUUUCUCCUUUCAGUGUUGAGGGGAUUUCUUGUUUCGUCUAUGCCUCGGCUCGUUUCCAGUUGUUAUUUCGGUCCUAGAGACAAUCUUGCUCAAAGAAAAUGGGCCAGUUAAAAUGUUGGCAGUAUGAUUAUGUGCGAAGAAAUCUCCAGUAGCUUCACAUUUGAUUAAAAUAAAUCUGCUUGGCUAAACCUGGUUUUCCAAAUUCUUGGGGUUUUUUUGUUAAAAGGAACACUCCUUGUGUUAUCAAAUAUUAGUUUUCCUUUUACACUCAGUCAAUUAAUGUCAAUAUCCUAUUGGUUUUUAGAGUACUUCUGUCAAUGUGUCGAUUCUUGUCAGUGAUUUCAACGACAACUUCCCUCAGUUCACUUCAACGGAUGGUUACCAGUUUACUGUUGUGGAAGCUACCGCUGGAUUGCUUGUGGGCUCGGUUAAGGUAAUUAUCGUGAGUACACAGGUGUUUGUUUUCGACGCUGGUGUGCCUUCAUAUUUUAACAUUAAUUCCAUUACCUGAAUGAUCAAACGUGCCCUUGUUUGUACUGGAGACGCAUUAUCCCUCAUAGACGAACUUGGGUUGGAGUUGGAUCAUUUGUCUGAAAGUUCUUCUGAAAUAAAGACGUGCCCAAGACUCAUGAUGCGUGUAGUAUAAAACAAUCUUUAGUAGCUCGCCCAAAGACACAUAAUAAGAGAUAGUCUGACCUGUAUUAUCCGUUUGUGUUUAUAGAGACCGAAGACAAAGGUAAUUUGUGUUCGUUUGAUCAUGCGUCUCGCUAAAAGUAAGAACCAUCUAAACUGGAUCAUUUGUCCAGAAGAACUCUCGGCUUUUGUGUAUUUGAAAUGAAAAGUGGGGAGUUGCCUGCGCCUGUCUUAUCUCAAAACAAGCCCUAAAAGGAAACAGCAGGUGCUAACCUCGUCUACACGGAUUUUAAGUCUUCUUUAAGUCUUCUGGUUAGCUCAGUUGGGAGAGCGCUGGUCUGCUGAGCGGGAGGUCACUGGUUCGAACCCUGGCCGGACCAACACUCAGGGUCUUUAAAUAACUGAGAAGAAAGUGCUGCCUUUGUAAUGACAUCUGCAAACAGUUAGACUUUCUAGUCUUCUCGGAUAAGGACGAAAAACCGUAGGUCCCGUCUCACAGCACUUACACUUACCUGGUUCUUGUGGGACGUAAAAGAACCCACACCACUGUUCGGAAAGAGUAGGGGACGUAGACCCCAGUGUUGUGGUCAACCUUCACUCAUCACAUCAUUCACAUCAUGGGUUGGGUGGGUACAGUAAGCUCACAAUUGGACUGAGAGCAGCUGCCAGUGGCGCCUUUGUAUGCUGACGUCCGAGCUUACUGUUCACAUGUUAAAAUGUAUUAUAAGAGGGCACGUCUGUUGUCCUCUCAUCCACGACUCUUCACUCUCUUCAUUUCAUUUCAUAUAACCGCCAAAAAAUAGAUAAUUUAAGAUAAAUCGUAAUUAACAAUUGGAUUUGAAUUUUUGGCCUUUUUUGUCUCAGGCUAACGAUAGUGACAGCGGCGAUAAUGCUCAGAUAGUGUACUCACUGGUGUCAACACCGACAUCGAAUAGGUAGGGUGUUGCUAUUAACCAUUACAAGUUCAAAAUGACUGCAAAAGUGAAAUAUAUGUAUAGUUUUAUUUUGCAUAUUUAUUUAUCAGCUUUGCCAAUUCUUGGCUGGGUUAUUACCACAGCCUGAAACCAGUUAUUGUGGGCCCGUAACCUUCCCCUAUCCCCUUGUGAGCUAUCUUCAUUACGCUAAGCAAAUUUGAUAGUGUCUGAGAUUCGCAGUCAGUAGACAUAUUACUCUUUCCUAGUUUCAGAAUUAAUUCUUCCACUGGUGAAAUCUUUACCAAUGAAGCGUUAGAUCGUGAAGUUGUAAACACCCACUUGCUGAUCGUUCAAGCUCGGGAUAUGGGCGUCCCGCAACUGCAAAGUACAGCGGUUCGAGUGUCAAUCACAGUCACUGAUGUCAACGACAACGUGCCAAGAUUUUUCGAGGCUCAACCCAAGCUAAACACAGCAAAAAAUGAUUUAUUGUGUGGAAAGUAUAACAGAACGGUUAGUAUCUUUGCAUUAUCCUUUAUGACCGUACCUGAAAAGAAAAGUGUAUUUAAAAUUUUAAACAACCCUCAUGUUACCAAUAAAAAAAGUGCGUCGACGUAGAAUGACGUGCAUUUAUUAAAUGAUUUGCGCUAGAAUUUGAGUUUCAUCGAAAUAGACUCAGACGUUGUUCUGUUGUACCUCUCCGCGCGUCAAGAUCAAACUAUUUCAAAAGAGCCCAAUUUUUUAGUUUCAAUAGUGCUCUAUCUAGCCUUAGAAUAUGUUUAACUUUUUGGAAACUGUUGUUUUGCGGCUUUUGUUGGCUUGUAAAUGUUACCUUGAGAUAGGCGUACAUAAUAGACAAAUUUAUUUGCGAUAGUGGACUGUAAGUGUGCCUAUCAUUGCAAUUUAUGUCGUGAAAAUUUGAGCAUUGCUUUAUAGAAUUUUCAAUUUUCUUAUAGCAUUACUACGAGUUUCGUGUUGAAGAUUUGACUCCAGCUAACGCCAAAAUUGGCAGAGUGAAGUCGGUUGACAAAGACGAGGAUUUGAACGCCAAAACAUUUUAUCGCAUUCAAGGUAAUUUGGAGUCUCGUCAAUUAAUUUCGAAUACAGUAAUUAGAAAUUCUCCAAACCAAAUUCCACAGAAACAACUGUUCCCUUUUUUUACAAAAUGCAAAUGUACUUAAAAUAUUAAACUGUGUAUAUAUAGCUUAGUAAAACUGAUAAAAAAAUUGGUUAAAUAAAAUGAAAAGACACCUAUUUAUAAAGCCAUAUUUCAACAAGAUUUGUUGGAUUGGUUGGAACAGUGAAAGGAUAACUUCUUAUUCGCAGCAAUAUAAAUCCCGUUGGUGCCAAUAUCUGAUGUUUCCGACAGUUUUUGAGCUGGUUUGAACUCCUUUAGGAAAGCGAAACGGGACGUUCUUUUUUUUUUAUUUGUCAGUUAUAACAGUAUGUUAUCCCCUGUUAAAAAGGUAGUAAUAAACAGGUUUUUUGUUAGUGUGGUCCCUAACAAUUAAACGUUUGGACAAUUCACCCACAGUGGUAAUUUGCGUAAAUAUAUUACAGUCGAAAAUUAACUCUUCACGAAAUUAAGAUAUUGGAUAUUAAUGCGACUUAAACUGACCCAAAUGUGAUAGGAGACGACUUUCAAAUAAAGGAAAUUACCGCGAAGGAGGAAAAUAAAAGUAGGAAACUAUUAACGCAACGUUCAUAGAGAAACAAAAUUUGCUGAGAUAAUAGGUACAAAGUCAAAGGUAUAAUUAGGAAUGAAAACUUAGUUCGUUGUAUACUUUCCCUAAACGUACAUUUCACUGAUACUGGCGGAUCUCCACCCUUAUAAAAUACUCCUCCUUCUUAUGUGUCAAGAAUGUCAAAAGUGUAUCGAAAAGUUGGAAUCGAAAUAGUGGAAAUUAAGACGGCGGAAUUAAACCCUCCACUCGAUUAAUGGCCUGAAAGUUAACGCUUACAAAAAAAUUGAAAAAGUUAAAUUUAUGAAGUGUUUUAAAAUUCCCUUUAAUAAUGUAAUUUUACGUACAAUGAUAACGAUGAUGGUAAGGAGCCAUGGUAAUUUGUAAAAACUCAGAAAGGAGUAAUAAGGUAGUAACUGUUUGCUGCUAUAUCAUGACAGGUAAUUAUUCAGAGGUUUUUUCCAUUGAACGCGAGACAGGAGUAAUUCGCACCAAUCGACAGCUGGUAAGUGUUGUUAAGAGCUGUAGUUUCUUCAGACAGAAAGGCUACAGACGUACAUGUAGUGUGGUGUUCUGUAACUCUCAGCCGCUAAAAUCCGUACGAGCAAGAAAAGCCUACAUGCACUUGGGCUAUUAAUAGAGGGUGUUUAAAACUGUUGCCGUAAAUAUUUUUGGUUAGCUAUUGUUUUUAAUAUAUAUGUCCCUUGUAAAAAUCUUUUCUGUUGGGUCAUUUAAUAACCGCAGAAUCCUAAACACCUCCAUACUGCCACUGUAGAUUAUUUACAUUUGUCUUAUGACCAGCCGCUCUUAUUCUUUAGAUCCGCCUUGUAUUUGCAGCAUUGCAACCUUUCAUGGAAAUUGCCAGCAAAUGCCUAGGGUAUGAGAGGUGGGGUUUGGGGCAAGCGAUCACACGAGGAAUUGACUAGGCUAUUUAAAUAGCAAACAAAUAUUGUUACAACUAUUGUUAAAGUACUAGACUGAACGAAAACUGACGGGAGGGGGUUCUGUGCAAGUGUAGUCCUGACGCAAGUUGUUUAAAAUGUUGCCGCAAAUAUUUUUGGUUGUUCAAAAGUUGGAUAACCUUAUUAUAUCUACCGCGUGAAUUGCUUUUCAGUGGAUACCUUGUAAAGAAACCCAUCGCGUUAUCCAUUCGAGUCAGUGGAUGACACUAUCCACCUCCUGAAUUACACGUUGAAUGAGAGUGUUGAAGACAAUACAUUGUAGCUUAGUCAGUGUAGUCCAACCAUCAUAUUCAACCUUCUUAUGAUAUGACUUCUGCAGCUGUUAAGUGACCAGUUUUGCUUCAGUCCUUCUUUUUUUUCUCUCAGAGACGUGCUGAAAAUGCGACCUACAUUUUGACUGUGGUGGCCGAAAACUCCCUGGCUUCUCCUCAAUUGUCGUCUAACGUGACAGUAUACGUUUUCGUAUAUGACGUGAGUGAUCAAACACCACAAUUCACCCAAAGCGAAUAUAAAGCCAUGGUUGCUGAGUCUGUGACAGCCGGAACAACAGUUAUUAAAAUAAAUGUGACCAAGAACGAUAAGGUAAAAUACAUCAUUAUCCCUCGUAUCAUAAAUAUUUAAUCUAUGCAUACAUGUGUACAGUGAUGAGGACGGCUUUUCUUAAAAUAUGUCAUCAUUAUCCCUGAAUUCAAGUACAAAUCUGAAUUCAAAUAUUUAAUGGACUUAACAUUUUGCGAAAAUGAAACAUUAGAAUGGUUCUUUCUCGAAUGGAAACUUUUAAUAUAAUUUCCCCCUCGAAUGGUUAAUAUGGUUCCCUCACGUACUUCAAGUUACUUUACUGUUCUUCCUUUUUGGUCUCAGUAGAUUCCUUUGUCUUUACGAAAAUCUAGAAAGCCCUAACAAAGCACUGAAGUAGUCAGGAAAUUCGUACGUUUACUUAUUUGCAUGAUGGUGCAGAUGCGGAUUCUGAUUUUUCUGAGGGUUUUUUAUAAAAGCAUGUGACAGGGUUUUUCAAAUGGUGAGAAAAGGCCAAUUAGUCCGUUAAGGAAGCAUAUGUUUUGACUUUAAAAAUAGGGAAUGUCCAAUGUUUAGCGUGAUAAGGUGAGAAUUCUAACGUUUGGAAAGAUAAGGUAACAAUUCACAUGUUUGGGUUAAGGUGAAUUCAAUCUUUGAAAAAAUCGUUUGGAAGGUCAAAAUUAAUGUUUGGAAGAAAUUCCAAUGUUUGUUUGGAAGGUUAGGUUAGAAUUCAAUGUUUGGGAAAGGAUCCAAAAGGGUGAGAACUCCAAGGUUUGGAAGAAUAAGGUUAGUAUUCCAAUGUUUUGAAGGAUAAGGUUAGAAUUUCCAUGUUUGGAAGGAUGAGGAGGGAAUUCCAAUGUUUGGAAGGAUAAGAUGGGAAUUCCAGUGUUUGAAGGAUAAGGAGGGAAUUCCAAUGUUUGGAAGGAUAAGGUGAGAAUUCCAAUAUUUGGAAGGAUAAGGUGGGAAUUCCAAUGUUUGGAAGUAUAUGGUCAGAAUUGCAAUGUUUGGAAGGAUAUGGUCAGCACCUUUCAAAGUGUUAAAUUUCCCGGAUAGCAGAAACGUCCCCUCACUGUUACCUCCAGAAAUGUGAUAUUGAUCAGCCGCAUUAAGAAAUAUAUUUACAUUACACAGAAAUAAAUUUCAUGCUUUUAUAUAACUGUUGGUAUGUACUUGAUAAAUAUCUGUGAAUAUUUUUCUUUGCAGGCAGCCUUUAUAUUUAAGAUAUUGCACGAUCAAACUAGUGCGGGGUCAAGAAAGUUUGUGAUAGAACCUGAAACAGGAGUGAUCACUGUCCAAGGAGAACUUGAUAGAGAAACAAUUGCAAAUUACACAGUAUGUAUUACAAACCUGCUCGCCCCCUUACCUUGUAUUCUCUGUAACUUACAUGGAAUCCCUCUAGGAAACUGCUAAUAUAUGGAGAAGUUUUAAUUGAUAUAAAAUCUUUCUACGGACUGGCUCUAGCUUUUGGAAGGUGUAUAGCGGUAUCCACCAUGUUUUCAUCUGGUGGAUAAGACAACCAUCUUUUUAACAACUGGGCCAAUAAAGAUUUAUUAUAUUUAGAAUUCAGGCCAGGUACACUCCAGCUCGCUAUCUUUCACCUAUCGCGACGGCUUAAGCUUGCUAUCUAAAUGUACCAUUUAACUAUGUGGCUUGACUGGACCCUUUUAGCGGGAAAAUUUAGUUCGAGUAAACAAAGUUAAAGGGUUGUUUCUCUGACCGCCGCCUAGUUUGCUCAGUUGGAAGAGCGCCGUCCUACUGAACGGGAUGUCGCUUGUUAAGACCCCGGUCUGCGGGACCAAUACUCAGGGUCUUGUUAAAUAUUGAGAAGAAAGUGUUUUCUUCUGCUGACACCUGCAAACGGUUAGAAUUUCUUUUCUUCACGGAUAAGGACGGAAAAAAAUAGGUUUCGUCUCACAGUGUAUGUACAGUUAUGAAUGUGUGUGUAUGCAAACAGUCACUUGUCAGUGAUUUUUUAUCAGAUAACAUAUCGGGCCCAAUUUUUGACAAAAUUGUCGAUCUAAAAGUAUCCAGACAAUGUCGUUCAAUGUAGUUAGAUAUCUUAACUGAACUCUUUUUUAAAUUCAUAUUGCAGUUGAAGGUCCAAGCGAAGGUGCUGAACACAGAUCUUCCAGGCGUGUUCUCUAACAUCGUUCCCGUAUUUAUAAAUAUAAUUGACGUGGAUGAUAACGUUCCUCGCUUUGUCAACCGAAGUUAUAGGUAUAAUUUUCCUUAUAAAAUUCACAAUUUACUGUCAAGGGCCAGAGGGUAGACUCCUUGGGUUAACAAGACGUUCUUUAGCAAGAUAAUUUACAUUAGUAUUUACCAAAGCAGUGAAUAGCAAUUUUCGCGUGUUUCGAUUGGCUCCCGUAACUUGGAAUAUCCUUGACUAUUCACUGUUUUGCGACAGGACCCAUUGAUGGCGUCUCGUUUCGAGACAUUUUCGGAAGACGAAAUUUGUAUGAUAAAUGAAGCAUUCGUACAAACAAAUACCAAGAAAGCGACGAACUUGGUUUGUCGGUGUUCACUGGUAGGUAGAAAAUUAUUUUCAUACUGAAUUUGCAACAAAAUCGUAAAAUGCACUGGACAAAAUCCCCGAAGUGUUCGUAAAUUGUGAACAAAAUCCCUACCGAGUGACGUCUGUAAUUUACAGAAUUUACUUUUUUUCAGUUUUAUUCAACUGGUUUGGUAAAUACUAAAACAACUAUCCCCCUCAGAGUCGGUGAACAGCGCUAGAUAUAUACCUUUAUUACCACCCUUAUUCACCUCCCCUUCGGAGGAUAGUUGUAUCGGAUACAUAUGUCCCCAAAGUUCAAUUUUUAACCGCACCGACCUAAAAUAAUACCUAAUAGUAAGGCAAGGAAACGUCUUUACUUGAGACUAACUGGCUUAUCGAGUUAGAGCUUAACCUACGUUUCUGUAACAUAUGGCGACUAGGAAUCAGAACUAUUUCCAUUUCGCCUUUGACUAAAACCAGUGCAUCGCAGGAAUAUCCCCCACCCGUUACCCAUUUAUACACCUGGGUGGAGUGAGGCACUUUGCGAGUGAGAGAGAACACGUCUUUCUUUUGUUUGGAUCCGCUCAAACAUGUCCUGUUUCAGGUUUAUCGCGCGUGAGCUGUCACGUGUUGGUGAUGUCAUUGGACAAGUGAAAGCUGUGGACAAAGAUAGCGUUAAACAAACAAAAGUGUUUUAUGUGAUAGCUCGUGGUAACGAGAAAGGUAUGCAACAAUCUUGCUAUAUUUUCCUGCACGAUUUAGUCGUAAAAGUCAAAACAUCAAGGGCAAUAUGCUUGGCGUUUUAAAAGUGAUAUUUUAAAAAACGUUAUAUAUGAAACGUUAGUAUCACUGUCACCCAUUUCAGAACACGUGCCAUUUCAGAUUCACUAAGAAAGUUCGCUUUUAACUGCUGCGGUUAUUCAUUCUCUUUAUGUCUCGUUGACAAUUCUUUUUAGGUCUUUUUAAUAUCAGCGAGGACCUGGGAACUAUUCAAGUCUUUCAAACUUUGGAACGUGACGCAAAUUCAACCUUUCAUCUGAUCAUACAGGCACGUGACGCACACGUGGGUAAUGAACUCCGGAAACGAAGAGGUAUAAUUAUGUACUAGACUAGUGACGGCAAGUGUUGAGAACAGUCUGCUAACAGAAUGAAGCUCCCCGCAAUGAUAAUGACGUAAUUUCAUCAUUAACCUUGAGAGCCAAAACAGCCACAAAAUCAAGUCUGCCAAGUACAAUGUCAAUGAUAUAAAUUUUAUAUGGGUAAUUGCUUUGUGCCUCUAGAAGAGAGAAUAAUUGGACUCUCUUGGCCUCUUUUAAGCGUCGUUAUAUGUCGAAUUGCACCUUAUCAUUAUUUGGAGGACGUCAGCGCUUCCCUUCCUGGCGUUGAAGUUUGAGUCAAAACGGUUGUUCUUCAAAACAGUUCCCUUGUGCCGGCAAUUUAAUACACACCUCUAUUUUUGGACAACCUAAAAAUGGCCAAUUGAGAAAUCUGUGGUUUUUGUGUGAAACUAUGCGUUCUGCAUUCUGCCCGCUGUAUGUUACAAUUGAUAUACGAAGCUAAGAAAGGUCUUAAAUUUUAUUCUCGUUGAUGAAGUGAUAAAUAUGUCUCGUAUCAAACAUAGCACCAUUGUUUCGAACGCGAGACAUGGGAACAAAUCAUGACCUCCCCUUGUGAACGAGCUACCUGCUUUUACAUGUCGACUGGAAGCCUGUUUUGCUAUCAAAUGUACUAGAUCAGCAUCCAUUUGUUGCAACUUUUAUGUCAAUGUCUCGUUCUUCUCCUAUUUCUGUUUAGAUCAGGGCGAUGUUUUUGAUGAGGUUACCACGACAAUUGAAGUUCAGGAUGAAAAUAACAACAGACCUGUCUUCACUCAAAAUAUUUUCAUCGGAGGUGAGGAUAUUGCAGUAUCUCGUCCAUUUAGUGUCACUCUUCAGACUUCAGUCAACGGAAAGGUUUUUGAUCCGUCUCCUUUACUGAAUAGGGACCCUUAAGCGACGUUUUCUCUGCCGUCGCCGUCCUCGGAUCUUAAAGUCCCUAAUGACCAAAGAAAUACCGCUUCAUCCUCGUGACCAGUCGUCUCCUCCAGGAGGAACGUGACAUGGCUUGAUUCAGUGAUUUCGUCGGUUCAAUGUUACGGCUUUUAGCAGAGUGUGGGGGUAUUUUUUUCAUUGGAGCUUUUCUGCUGGUUUCUUCUGUCUUUGCGUAGUACUAUCAGCUUUGCAGAUUUUGUCUUCGGUUAGUAGGGAAGCCACGUUGUUCGUUGCGAUUGUCGGGAGAAUUCGCCUAUCAUGCUAUCACGCUCAGUUCUAAGCCUCCUCCGCUCACGGAGUUAUUACGAUUUGGCUAGUAAACAAGGCUGAUCCCCUGUAUUGAGUACUCAAAAGUUACCAAAGCUAGGAACUGAAUCUUCAUGAUGGCAACUCAACCUGUAACAAUUAUACCCGUAAAUGCCCUGUCCGAAAAACUGUCUCCCUCUGGGAGGUUAUAACAUUUAUUUUACAUUCUAUUUUAGGUUUUUUGGAGAGAGAGGCUACUGAGAAACAAAUCGUGGCAGAUGUUAAGGUACUUUUUUUUCUGUUUUGUCAUCUUACUAUAGCGUAGCAAAAAUAAAUAGAUAAAUCGAUCAGCCAAUCCAUCGUUUGUCUAUAUACAGUCGACUUUCUCUUAACGGACACCUCUAUAAGACAGACACCUCUGUAAAACGGACACCUAGAAUUGGUUUCUGUCUUUCUUUACUCUCCUUAUUUGACUCUCUGUAAGGCGGACGUCUCUUUAAGACGGACACUUAGUACCGGUCCCAAAGGCUUCCGUGUUAGAGAGAGUUGACUUUAGACAAGACAAAUUUGCUUGUUUGAUGAUCACUCCUCGCGUCAGGUUUUCCCAGCACGAAUGUGCAAUUAAUACAGUAACAGUAAAAGUAAGAGGAACUAUGAAUGAAUUUGAUGUUUCAACGAUCAAUUGAAGUCGCUGUAAAUCAUCCUUGAACAAAUGAACUGUCAAUUCUUUAUUCCACUCCAAUGAACUUCAAUUUACUGUUCACUCGUACAGAGGUUUCUAAUAACAAUAAUUAAACCCAAAGUAAGCUAUACAUAAUCGGACCAAAAAAUAAAUACAACACAAAGAAAGGCGCACCGAGGAAAACUAAAGAAAUUAACUAAAGGAAAUAAAAAAGCACAUUCCAGACGGUGAAGAUAUAUCCGAACAUUGAACGAAGAUACGUGAACUACGAUAACCGUAUACAAACGAUACUAGAAUAACGGUCACAAGUGUUUAACUAAACGGACGAAACCGCUGGUCCUAAAUACGUGGAGACAAUCCAUCCCUUAGUUACCAGACAGACCUUUAUCUUGCCCAGUUACUGUGAUUCAGAGAAAGUGCUUUGAAAAUUGUCAUGUUUAAAAAAUACUGAACUUCUACAUCGCAGAGACUACGUGUGUAGGUUACACCAUUGUUCAAAACCAUACGCAGACCUCGUGUGUUUAUUAGUGGGUUAUUUUAGCAACGCACUCGCCAAGAAAUCGAAUAUACUGCAAGAGUCUUCAAUAUCUUUUUUCUAUAUGUCUUUAACUUCUACUGCUAACAGCUAGCUCCUUCUAAUCACUAAUAACAUCUACUAAAAAGCGAAUAGCUGUCUCGAUGGGACUCAAAACGCAGGGUCACCGCCUCUAACAUCCCCCAAACACGUCCACCUGUGUGAAUCACACUUCAGGCAAGGCCAAGACAAGAUUGUUGAAAGUGAAAAGUAAAUUGGCGAGCUAAGCAACUUACAUAAGGAAGAUAUUAAAGAAUAACCCAUAAAACUCUUAAAAACAAAAGAAUCGUUUCUUUGCUAAUUCGUACUGCAUCAUAAAAGGCCUUCUUGCCGCAGAAAAUGAGGCUUAAAUUUGCUUUUUUCAGAUUGAAAAGCAGUUCUCUGGAACGUUAUCUGUGUCCGCCAUUUACUUUCUUAUGAUGAGGCCCAGCCCAGAAAAAAAUAACUGACCGAUAAAUCUCCACAUGUCUGACUGUUUCUCUUUUUACUUUGCGCAGGCUCUUGACAACGACUUUGGCGUUUAUGGCUCCAUAAAGUACUCUAUUGUGUAUGAACAGGAUCCUGGAAUUUUUUCCCUUUCCCCGCUCACUGGUGAGGUCACGCUGACCAAUCCUUCAUCCCUAGUCGCUGGGAAAGAACAGUACGUUCUGGCAAUUUCGGCCGCAGACAACCUGGCAAUAGCUCCAUAUAAUAGUGUCAAAGAAAAUGCUUCUGUUCGUGUAAGUCUUUAACAGUAAGAAUGUGAUAGUUCCUUCCCUCUUUGACGUUUUAGUUAGUCAAAAACAAUGCUGCUGGGUUUUACUGUCACGCAAUCAAAAAUCCAACUUAAAACCGUCAAAUAGAUUAAAUCCAGAAUCUGGAAUAUGAAAGAAGGUGAAUAUGCAAAGACCGUCGCAAACGUUCAGGCCAGUGCAGUUUUUCAUUUGCGAGAUAUUCGGAGAAAUGAUUUACCCACAUUAUAGAAAAUUGUAAAGACACGCCAUGUUGGUUACCAUGCACAGAAAAGAUCUGUCACUGAGUUUUGCUAAGAUAUCUACGAAAACUAGAUCCCUAAAGGUAGGUUGGCCGUAAUAUCGCUGGACGUAAGAGUCCAGUGGAUGCAAGAUCAAUUCAUGUAAAAGCCCCUGGAUGUAAAACCCCUUAACGUCAAACUCCAGGAUGUUAGACCACUGGACGUAAGACCCCUGGAUGUAGUACCCCUGGAUAUAAAAGCCCUUGAUGUAAAAGCCCUGGACGUAACACCCCUGGCCCCAGUUCUUCGAAGGCCGAUUAGCGCUCAACCCUGGGAUAAAUUUAACCUGGGUUUCUUUUUCGUGUGUUCAAAAGCAUUUUCUCGGAUAAUUUUCUGUCUUAUUUUUCAGAGCUUCCAUUCAUCAACUUGUAGACAAAAAGAAUUAAAACUGAAAUGCUUUUUAAGCUUUAAAAUCUUAAUUCAAAUCUCACACUAACCCUGGGUUAUCUUAACCCAGCUUUGAACAACCCGCCCCUGGUCGUAAGACCACUGGACGUAAGACCCCUCGAUAUAAGACCCGAUAUAAGACCCUUGGACUUAAAACCACUGAAUGUAAGAACCCUGGAUUUAAGACCCCUGGUCGUAGUUCUUUUCAAUAACAUCCAUUUAUUAUCUGUAAAAUUGUUAUGGUAACGACUGAAUCGAUCAGUGCCAGGCAUUAUCACAUCAUAAGAAAGGCACAUUUAAGGAAAACAAAAAUUAUAAUAAUAAUUAUUAUCUGCAAUCUUUAUUCCUUUUUAUUUAUGUAUCAUAUAUGAAAACAACAAGUGCUUCAUAAGAAACAUCCUGUUUAUGUUACAACAAAAGACAUGUACAUCAAAAUCACAGCAAAAAUCAGUUAACUUUUGACAAAUUCUAAGUCUGUUUGCAGAUUUAAUAAUACUCAAAACAAACAAAACUGUAACGAACACAAACGAACUAGAGAGUUAAGCAAGAUACAAUUACGCUGUGUACUGUCUUAAGUCUAAAUGCUCUACUUGUAGCUUGGUUCAGAAAAGGAAGGUUUUCGAAAACGCACCAGCGAUCAUAAACAAUAAACCAUAAAUAUAUGAAAGUCACGGCCUACUCUUGAAGGUUACCUACAAACAAAAGGACAUUAGUUGAACUUCACACCAUCAAAGAAUCCAGGGUUUGAAACAUCCGAGGGUUGUAAAGUCCUACAUCUACGGGUAUUUUAUCCAGGGUUUGAAAAGUCUCGCAUCCAGGGGAGAGUUGUAAAGUUGUAAUAUUCAGCGGUCUUACAUGAAGGGUCGUUACAUCCAAAGGUUGUAAAUCCUUACAUCUUGUGGUUGCCAAGUCUUACAACCGGAGGAUGUAAAAAUUGGCUCUUUAAGAGAGGUUAUUUAUAUAAGGGGGUUAUUCUUCUAUCCUUGGCUCAUUUUUAUGUACGGGGGUUUGCCCAGCUGUUGAUAAUGAUCCCAGAGGUCUUAAGACAAGAGGUCUUACUACCGGGGGUGCUACAACCAAAAAUCUUACAACCAGGAGUCUUUCCACCAGAAGUUUUACCACAGGGGGUCUUACAACCAGUGUCUUAGGACCAGGGGGUCUUACAUCCAUGGAUCUUACGACCAGGUGACUUACGACAAGGGAUCUUACAUCCAGAGGUUUCUUACGACCAGGGCUCUUACAUCCAGGGGUUUUUUCACCAGUCGUCUUACCACCAGGGGUCUUACGAUUAGGGGUCUUACAACCGGCGGUCUUUCCACGAGUCUUCUUACCACCAGGGCUCUUACGUCCAGUAGAUUUACAUCCAGGGUUCUUGCCUCUAGGCGUCUUGAGACCCAGAUCUUAUCACCAGUUGUCUUACAACCAGGGGUUUUAAAACCAAUGGUCUUACGUUCUUACGACAAGGGGUUUUACAUCCAGGGGUCUUAAAACCAGGGGUCUUUCUACCAGUCGUCUUACCAUCACGGCUUUUACGACCAGUGGUCUUAUAUCCAGGGGUCUUACCUCCAGGGUCUUACAACCGGUGUCUUACAUCCAGCGGUCUUACAACCAGGUGUCUCUCCACCAGUCUCCUUACCACCAAGGCUCUUACGACCAGUGUACUUACAUCCAGGGAUCUUACCUCCACAGGUCUUAUAACUGGAUCGUACAUCCAGUCGCGUUACCACCAGAGGUCUUACGUUCAGGGGUCUUACGACCAGGGGUUUUACAUCCAAGGGUCUUACAACCAGGGAUCUUACGACCCGGGGUCUUACAACCAGGGUUCUUACAUCCAGACCACGCCUUACACCUAAGACCACGCGUGUUACAUCCAUGAGUUUUACAACCAGGGUUUUUGUCGAUAAGGAGUUUUACGACAAGGGAUAUUACAACCAAGGAUCUGAUGACCAGGGGUCUUACCACCAGGCGUGUUACAUGCAGGAGUCUUACGACCAGGAGUGUUACAUCCAGGGGUCUUACAACCCUUUGGUCUUUCCACCAGUCGUCUUGCCACCAGGGGUCUUACUACCAGGGGUCUUUCAACCAAAGAUCUUACAACCAGGGGUCCUACGACCAUGGGUCUUACAUGCAUAGGUCAUACCACAAGGGGUCUUACAACCAAUGCUCUUACAACCAGGGAUCUUUUGACCUGGGGCCCAGGAUGCAAAAUCUUUGGUCGUAAAAUUCCUAGAUGUAAGACCCUUGUUAGUAAGACCACUGGACAUAAGACGCCUGGACGUAAGACCUCCGGACCUAAUACCCCUGAAUGUAACCAAGACUCCUGGAUGUAAUACCUUCGGUUGUAAGAUCCCUGGUUGUUGGACCCCUGGUCAUAGGACCAUUGGACGUAAAACCUCUGGAUGUAAGGCCGAUGAAUGUAACACACCCGGAUGUAAGACUCCUGGUUGUGAGACCACUUGAAUUAAGACAUCUCGGUGUAAGACCGUUGGAUUUAAGAUCCCUGAACGUAAUACACCUGGAUAUAAGAUCCCUCAGGUGGAUGUAAGACUCCUGGACGUAGGACCACUCGAUAUAAGACCCCUAGUAGAAAGACAUCUGGAUGUUAAACCCCUGGAUGAAAGACAGCGGAAUGUAAGACCACUGGACGUAAGACCGCUAGACUAAGACCCCUGGAUACGACCUCGUAAGAUUACUGGACUUAAGACCCCUGGAUAAAAUACCCGUGUUCGUAAUACCUCUUGAUGUAAUACCCCUGGACAUAAGCCACUGGUCGUAAGACCCCUGGAAAGAAGAUCCCUUGAGGUAAGACACCUGGACGUAAGACCCCAGAUGCUACGAAAGCCUGAAGUAAUCACUUUUCAGAUAACAAAAUCCCCGCUAAUAGCUCUCCCGGUUUCCAUGAAAAUGUCGUGUCACGCAAAAGCUUAGAAAUUCCAGCAUACUGUACAACAAGACGAGGUGCCCUUUCGAAGUGAAAACUUGUCUAAAAAUUUGUCCGCCUUUAGCCGCCCUAAUACUUCGUGAAAUUAAAACUGAGGAGGAUCGAUAAUUCUUUUGUUUUAAAUUUUGAUAACUUCGUCUGAAGACCAGCAAUAAAGACCAGUCUCAAACAUUGUUCAAGACCGGCAUCCCCUUCUCUAGCCUAGCUGUCGUCAUGACCAGUACAAAGAGUGAUUGAUCGAAUCUUAAUAUUUGGGAAAUUUUACCGGAUUUUCAGAUUUUCGUUCUCACCAAUUCCAAAGAACUAUCUCUUGAGAUAGGAAUUCAUCCUGAAUUCGCCAAGGAGAAAACUGACGAAAUGAAAAGGUAUGUUUUGAUUGAUUUAGGAUUGUCAUUAUUUAUUCCUUCUCGUCACGUAUAUUUAUCCAAGAUGAAGGUUUUAUUUUGAAAUGAUAACAACACCUUUCUGAAAAGUCCCUGGAAUGCAUGAGCUUAGUCGUUGAAAGUAUUCAUUUGAGCCCGUUUUUGCCAGAUUAUUUAAAAACCUCGCUCAAGGAAUCUCAAUCAACCCUCGUAAAUCCUUCUUGUAUGGCAGCUCAGCAAUAGAUUUAUACUGUGAAUCGUAAUGACCAACUCGGCACUGAAGGAACGAGAAGGGAACUGGGUCGAGUUAACCUUCUCAAAGUCUUCUGGGGCUGUUACUUGGGACAGGGGAAAAACUGACCAAUAGCAGACCGGCGCAGCCCCAAUAACGAUCCCAGAAACACUUGCGGGACACAUUUCUGCUCCAUUUCCCGUUUCGUUUCUAAGCUUGCGGAUGGCACAGGUACUUAAUUUGAGUUUGAUCUUUUCUUUUUUUUUUGAAGUAUGCUGCAGAAUCUUACUGGAGCGAAAGUGAUAAUUAAUGACAUUCUAGAGACUGGUGGCGGAAAGUAAGUAUUCGGCUUUGCUUGUUAUUUUUUUUGUUUACUCUCACGAUGUAUCUUUACAUAUGACGAUUUUUUUAGUUUAGAAAUUGCUGAAAAUUGUGUUGAUAACUCACUGUCACUUUGCUUUUGCAGUGAAACUCUUUUUUCUCUAAAUUACUUUUCAGAUCGAUCGUCUAUUUUCAUGUUAUCGACGACUCUUCGUUGUAUGUCUUAGACCAAAGCGAUUUUAUAAGGUAAAUGAAAAAAAUGGUUUUUUUUUAUUAUAAAGAAAGCUUUCAUACGUGAUAAUUAAGAAUUUUACUUUCUUAGUUCGUACCGACAGGUUGCGUCAAAUGACAUUUCCGUGAAUAUAUCUGACAUGUUUGUCAGAAACAUGAUUGUGGUUUCGAAUUAAAACAAACUUUCAGACGUUCUGUUUUUGCCGUCUAGUCCAAACUCGUGACCAGUAGCUUUCUCCUGGCUUUUCCCUCAUUCUUAACCACCACAUACUCAUCAGUACUCUAGUGGAUGUCAGUAGCCUCGUCGAGGUAUCGGGAGAAGGUUGAUCUCAAACCCCCUUGUCGUUUGCUUUACUAGUUUGUUAUUUCCAACAUCUACGUACAUUCUUCAAGUAUUUUCUUCUGCACUCGUAUUUGUUUGUCUUCAUACCUCUUUGUUAAUUGCAGCCGCCUGCUUAACAACACAAACUUGAUCAACGGUGUGUUUAAAAAGUGGAAUAUUCACAUACCAUCUGACGGGUCAGCGGAAAUGUCCACAGGCACAAGGAAGGAGUUCAGUGCUGUGAUCGCUGCCAUGCUUGUUUUGUCGAUCGGUAUCGGAGUGGCGGGAAUCAUUGGUAUUGUAAUCGCAUGCCGCAAGAAAAAACGGUAUGCUAAACGUUUAACUAGAUCUAUGUAAUCUUAUUUUUUUCUUAUCUCAGCACAUUAUUCGAACUUUAUGAUUCCCAGUCAGCUACCAAGCGGUAGCCAACAGUUACCGGUACUGUACAAACGACUUACUGAUAAAAUCAAGCAAAACUAACUACUAGAGAACGACUGGACAACUGAAAAAUUGACUUACAACAGACGACUGUUUAAUUGUGACAAUAGACGGAGCGAAACGCACCAAUUAUAUUACGAGUCUUCAUAGCCAAUAACGUCACGGCUUAGCUGACAGACGACCAAUAACAUCUCGACGUAAUUGACCAAUCAGGUCAAUAACCAGAGUAUAAUACCAUCAACUGGCGUGGUACAACUCACUUUGACUCUAAAGAUGACUACCACACAGGUUGUCGAAACGUCAGUCAUCGUCAACAACAGUCCUAUUCAGGACUACGUUCACCCGAACGAUCAAACUCAACCUACUUUUGGAAUGACUCAUGGGUUCAAAACUUUCACAGCGGUAUGCAGUAAGUAACGUAGCUGCGUAGACGUGCGCCAAAUCGUUUCUUUGUUGUCUGCUGCAAAGGAGAUGUUUUGGUGAGCAGGGGCAAAAGGUUGUUUUGACCGCUUUAGGGAGUGCAAAUCGCCCCAUCUGAGGCUUCCUCACGCUUCUUUAAACUUUGUUUGUCAAUUUGCCACAUGGCACAAACAGGGGGCCAUAAGUCAUUAAAACUAUGCCCAUGACAAUACGCAACCGAACCUGUAAGAGCUCUUUGAGACGUUUCUUUCCUCAUCCAAUUUGCAGCGAAAAGACAAUCUACAAGACCACUGACACAAGACAGUUGUCAUUCCCACUUGCAACAGCUUGGCAGUAAGUACACAGAUUGCUAUAACGUGCUUCUUUCCUUUAUCUGCAAAUCUGUGAUAUCCGUUUAUAGUCAAAUCACCGUAAAUUAAAUAUUCCUUUUGUUGGGGUAUAGAAUUUAACGUGGUUCUUUCUUCGCGUUCAACAAGGCGGUAAGUUAGCAGUGGUGAGUUAACUCGUGUGAGUUUCAAGAUCUUGAAUUUUCCAAAUCUUGCCGGAAGGAAUUUGAACAUUCCAAAUCUUGCCGGCAAGAUCUUGAAUUUUACACAUCUUGUCGACAAGAUUUUGAAUUUUCUAAAUCUUGCCUGCAAGAUCCUGAUUAUUCCAGUUUUGCCAGCACGAUUUUCCUGGCAAGAUCUUGAAUAUUACAAAUUUUGCCAGUAAGAUCAUGAAUUUUCAACAUCUUACCAGCAAGAUUUUAAAUUUCCAAAUUUACCGGCAACAUCUUGAAUUUUCCAAAUCUUACCGGCAAGAUUUUGAAUUUUCCAAUCUUGCCGGACACGAGUAAAACUGGUAAUUUUCAAGAUAUUUAUCGCUAUGGAAAAAUUUCGUAGAAAUUGUACAAGAGCUGAGGAGACCUGCUUCGUCUAGCACAAAUUUUGUCUACCAAACAGCUAGACUUGAAUCAACACCAACCGUUUAACCGCUUAAAAUGGAUCAAGACUUUUCAGAGCUACGUAUCUCUUAAAUAAUUUGUUUCCAACUGUGUUUCUAUCGUAAGUUUCUUGUCUUUCCAGCGAAAAAUCUAUCUCAUAAUCUUGCAGGCACAAAUAAAAAAGACUUCAAAUAUGAUAAAGAAAAGUUUUGCGAAAAAUCCGUUAUUAUUUCAAACGCAAGUGCUAAGAAGGCUUUUAAGUUUCCUUUACUUAUACUAUUUCUAGAAGAAAAGACUUCGAAGCACUAAAUUUUAACCAAGAUAAUAAAAUUGCUCUUGUGACAAUGCCAAAUGCUGGAAAUGCUUUUUAUUAAAACACGUCGAGUCCAUCAAAAAAUUAAAAUUCAUUCUUGGCUGCGAGGCUAAGAGGAAUAAACCAAAAGAAAUGUAAGACCCCUGGAUGUAAGAACCCCUGGUUGGAAAACCCCUGGAUGUAAGAAACCUGGCUGUAAGAACCCCUAGUUGUAAGACCCCUGGAUGUAAGAAACCCUGAAUGUAAGACCCCUGGUUGUACGACCACUGGUUGGAAGAAUCCCUGGUUGUAAGAGCUCUGGUUGUAAGACCCCUGGAUGUAAGAACCCCUGGUUGUAAGACCCCUGGAUGUAAGAACCCCUGAAUGUAAGACCCCUGGUUGAACAACCACCGGUUGGAAGAAUCUCUGGUUGUAAGCGCUCUGGUUGUAGGACCCCUGGUUGUAAGAACGACUUGUUGUAAGACCCAUCGUUGUGAGAACCCCUGGAUCUAAGUCCCCUGGUUGUACGACCACUAGUUGAAAGAAUCCCUGGAUGUAAGACUCCUGGAUGUAAGAAUCCCUGAUAUUGUAAAACCCCUGUUUGUAAGACCCCUGGUUCUAAGAACCCCUGGAUGUAAGACCCCUGGUUGUAAGAAUCCCUGGUUCUAAUACCCCUUCUUGUACGACACCUGAUUGGAAGAACCACUGGUUGUCAGACCCCUGGUUUUAACAACCCUGGUUGUAACAACCCCUGGAUGUGAGAUCCCCUAGAUUGUACGACCACUGCUUGUCAGAGUCCCUAGUUAUAAGAUUCCUGGUUUUAAGAACCCCUGCUUGUAACAACCCAUGGUUGUAAGACCACUGGUCGUAAGAACCCUCGGUCGUUAAGAACCCCUCGUUGUAAUAACCCCUGGUUGUAAGACCCCUGGUUGUAAAAACCCCUGGUUGUAAGACCACUGGUUGUAAGAACCCCUGGUUCUAAGACCCCUGGUUGUAAAAACCCCUGGUGGUAAGACCCCUGGUUGUAAGAACCCCUGGUUGUAAAAACCCCUGGUUGUAAGACCCCUGGUUGUAAAAACCCCUGGUUGUAAGACCCCUGGUUCUAAGAACCACUGGUUGUAAGAAUACCGGGUUGUAAGAACCCCUGGUUGUAAAAACCUCCGGUUGUAAGACACCUGGUUGUAACAACCCCUGAUUGUAAGAACCCCUGGUUGUAAAAACCCCUGGUUGUAAGACCCCUGGUUGUAAGAACCCCUGGUUGUAAAAACCCCUGGUUGUAGAACCCCUGGUUGUAAGAACCCCGGGUUGUAAGACCCCUGGUUGUAAGAACCCCUAAUUGUAAAACCCCUGCUUGUAAGACCCCUGCUUGUAAGAACCCCUGGUUGUAAGAUCCCUUCUUGUAAAAACCCCUGGUUUUAAGACACCUGGUUGUAAGAACCCCUGAUUGUAAGAACCCCUGGUUGUAAGACCCCUGGUUGUAAGAACCCCUGGUUGUAACAACAACAACAACAUAAGCUUUAUUUGCAUGACUAUAAUUAUGUAGUUACAGUAUUGCAAAAGCUUCAACAUAAAAAACAAACAAACAAACAAAUCAUAACAAUGAUAAUACAAUACAAUAAUUACUAUAGUCAAUCAAGUGUCGUCAGCAUGAUUUGAUAACAAAUUAUUACGCAAAUCAUUACAUAAUGAGACAAAUUUCAACAAAUGUGAAUUUACAGAAAAAUUCUGUGAAUUCAUCAAUUUAAUUAUUAAUUCUGUGUAAGAUAGCUGAUUAAAGUCGACAACAUUUUCUUGGAUUUGAUUGUAGAAUUUCUCCCUUGGGAUUGAGUAUUUUGGACAAUGGAAGAGAAAAUGAAAUUCGUCUUCAAUUUUACCAGAGUUACAAAUAGCGCAGAAUCUAUCGUUGCGGGAAGUUUGAUUAUAUCUUCCAGUUUCACUCAUGAGUUUGUGGUUACUUAUACGAGGGUUGUAAGAACACCUGGUUGUACGACCCCUGCUUGUAAGAACCCCUGGUUGUAAAAUCCCCUGGUUGUAAGACCCCUGGUUGUAAGACCCCUGGUUGUAAAAACCCCUGGUUGUAAGACCCCUGAUUUUAAAAACCCCUUGUUGUAAGAUCCCCUUUCGUAAGAACCCCCGGUUAUAAGAACCUCUGGUUGAAGGAACCCAUGGUUGUAAAAACCCCUGCUUGUAAAACCCCUGGUUGUAAGAACCCCCGGUUAUAAGAACCUCUGGUUGAAGGAACCCAUGGUUGUAAAAACCCCUGCUUGUAAAACCCCUGGUUGUAAGAACCCCUGGUUGUAAGAACCCCAGGUUGUAAGACUCCUGGUUGUAAAAACCCCUGGUGGUAAGACCCCUCGUUGUAAGAGCCCCUGGUUGUAAGAACCCCUGGUUGUGAAAACCCCUGGCUGUAAGACCCCUGCUUGUAAGACCCCUGGUUCUAAGAACCACUGGUUGUAAGAAUACCGGGUUGUAAGAACCCCUGGUUGUAAAAACCCCUGGUUGUAAGACCCCUGGUUCUAAAAACCCCUUGUUGUCAGACCACUGGUUGUAAAAACCCCUGGUUGAAAGAACCCUUGGUUGUAAGACCAAUGGUUGUAAGAACCCCUGGUUGUAAGAACCCCUGGUUGUAAGACCCCUGGUUGUAAGACCCCAGGUUGUACGAGCCCCUGGUUGUAAGAACCCCUGGUUGUGGGAACCCCUGGUUGUAAGACCCCUGGUUGUAAGAAGCUCUUGUUGUAAGACCCCUGGUCGUAAGAACCUUUGCUUGUUAAGAACCCCUUGUUUUAAGAACCCUGCUUGUAAGAACCUCUGAUUGUAAGAUCCCUUGUUGUAAGAAUCCCUGGUUGUAAGACCUCUGGUUGUAAGAACCCCUGGUUGUAAGAGCCCUUGGUUGUAAGAACUCCUGGUUGUUAAGAACCCCUGGUUGUAAGAACCCCUGGUUGUGAGAACCCCUGGUUGUAAGAACUCGUGGUUGUAACAAUCUUAGGUUGUAAGACCUCUGGUACUAGGAACCCCUUGUUUUAAAAACCCCUGGUUGUAAGACCCCUGGUCGUAAGGACCCUCGGUUGUGAAGAACCCUGGUUGUAAGAAGCCCUGGUUGUAAGAAACCCCUUGUUGUAAGAACUCCUGGUUGUAAGAAUCUUAGGUUGUAAGACCCCUGGUUGUAAGAACCCUUGGUUGUAAGACCCCUUGUGUAAGAACCCCUGGUUGCAAGAUCUUUGUUUUUAAGACCCCUGCCUGUAAGAACCCAUACUUGUAAGACCCUUGUUUUUAAGAACCCUUGGUUGUUAGACCCCUGGAUGUAAGAAUCUCUGUUUGUAGAAACCCGUUGUUGUAAGACCCCCCCUACUCUUAAACCACGCGGCAUUUUUUUCUCUUGUAUCAAUAAAUCAUCUCAAAGAUAAACGGACUAGGUCUAAAAUAAACAGGAACGUUCUUUGGAAAAUUAAAAAAACCAGGGCCGGUUUCAUCCACAUCCGAGGGUUAAUUCAUGUAUAUGAUACCAUGAAGAGAAAUCGUCUUUGGGGGCGGGAGUCACAUAGCAAAGUUUUGAGGUGUGUACAAGCAGCAAAAGCUGUAUUGUUGUAUCUUGAUAUAAAAGGGAAACAGGAUUGAAAAAGCGACGUAUUAAUGAGGCAACGAGGUAUUUUCCUAACAGGGUACCAUUUUGGGCUUCUAUUUAGAACGGAUAUUACCCUCAAGGCUAUUAAACCACGUGUCAUCAUUAUAUCAUGUCUAAAUAUUCAGAUGUCACUCAACUGUAAAGAAGAUAUUAAAAAGAGGAUACCAAUACGUACCCGUAUCCCUUGUUAUAUGUAAGCGUGAAGAUUUCAGUGAGUGCUAAAACGUCUUUUUUGCCCUUGGCAAUCUCCACACUGGCUCUCAUCUAGAUCAGAAUUUGGCAUAAAGACAUGAUCUCCCGUAAGAAUGAAAAUAACGUUACUAGCAUGCAAUGCAAAAUGUGUAUCAUGCCCAGUAUUUAUUUAUUUGGUUGCCAUUUCGUUAUAAAAAGUUCAACUUUUAUGCUUGUAUUUAAUAAAUUUGCAAGACUGCAUGUCUUUCUCUCGACUGCAAAACGAUUCCGCUACAUUUCGCUGGGGCUUCAAAAUGUGUGACUACUUCUUCGUGGUUUGGAUGUCAAUUUGGUUAUUCAGCUUUCCUGUAAGUAUUGCAACAUUAUGUACAGAAGAAUCGAGUGUUACUCACCCCUAGCACCAUGUAGUAGUGCCUAGGCAUAGGUACUUUUUUAUUACUCUUUAUUAAAUUUCGGACACACAAACAAUUACAAUACAUUAGAUUUACCACUCAUUACAAUAAAUUCUAAUUAUCAAUUACUAAAUUUUACCUUACAUUGAAACAGGUACAGAAGGGAAAAAAGUGAAAUAAAAAGAAAAAGAAAGACAAAGUGCACAAAAAUACUGUAGUUUAUAUAUUAGCAGUUGAGAGAAGGCUGCCUGCGUUAUGGUCCUCCGUCUCCCAUCUGCCUGUUUGUCACUUGCUCUUUAAUUAACGGUAUAAAUAAAAUUGUUUUCUGAGGGGUAUUGGUUGAAACUAGCCCAUUUCUUCCCAAGGGAGGCUAAGUUAUUAUUAUCAAAGGCAAUCUGUUCCUCAAUUUCCAUGGAGUGUAUGACUAACUGAGUGUACACUCGUACCAUAGGAAUGGUAUCUCGUAGUUUGCAACUAUAUAUAUGGUGUCUAGCAAUACGGAGGAAGUGAUGUACGGGAAGAUUGGAUAUGUUGUCAAUUAAGCCGAGGCAAAGAGCUGGCGAAAAGGGGGUAAUGUUCAAGUUAGUCAAAUCAAGAUUUUCGAAGGUUCACUGCGAAACAUUUUUCCAAAAAGUCUGAGUUAAUCUACACUGCCAAAAAAGAUGUGUAAGUGUCCCUGGGGAACCAGCGCAAAAAGAACAGGAGUCUGUUUCCUUUUAGGCAUAGGUACGUUUACCGUUGUUCAUGUCGACGAGGUAAGAAAAAACAAAGUUAUACCCGCCUGGAUUCACAAAUUGCCAACGUUUACGGCAAAUGAGAAAAUGGCAAGAUUUGGAAACUCUACAUCUUGCCAGCAAGAUUUGAAAAAUUCUAAAUCUUGUCGGCAAGAUUUUUAAAAAAUUCAAAAACGUGCCGGCAAGAUUUGGAAAAUUUAAGAUCUUACCGGCAACAUUUGGACAAUUCAAAAUCCUUCUUGCAAGACUCGGAAAAUUCAAGAUCUUGAAUUUUCAAUAUUUGGUAACUCACCACUCGCUAACUGGCCCCAGUAACUCACGACGGAUGACUCACCAACUUGCCGGGGUCAAUUUCUUCUGGUUAUUAUGUUUUGUUGUUUAGCUCCGGGGAUAUUCCUGGCAUCGAAGCAUUUAUUGACGCUAAGGCUGAAGAAACUCCCCGAUCUUUGUAAGUCAAUAAUUUUACCUCUUUCUUGGUUAACUCACUCUCCAGCAAUGAAGUUAUAUCGCAGCGAGGUUGGCGUUUAGCUUGUCCGUUUCUUUAGCAAGAAGAAAUUUAUGUAAGGAAUUAUCUGAACAUUGCUGGUCUCACUUGAUAUGAUUUUUUCGUGAACGUUAACUGAAAUAGCUGCGCCAUACACCUCGUAUACAAUUAAGGUUAAUGGUCAGUAGACACUAACGGUGUAUUAUGCGGCGAGAAACGUGAUAGAAAGGUAGUGAUACUGAUUGAAAAAUGGGUGGGCGACGAAUUUACAAUCGAGCGCAAAAUCUACAUAUUUUUCUCUUGUUCACUCUUCAUUGCUGUCACAGGCGAGCGCCGAACAAGUAUACCGUUCAGAGGGAACAAGCUGUACCUGGGUGUUCGGUAUGUUAUACUGCUUCAUCUGAUUUAUACUCAUCUGUAUUAAUUUUGUAAACGAAAAAUGAGCAGCAAGACAGACUCAAGGGAUGAUUAGGGAUUUUAAGGUGUCACUACGGGGAAGGCAACGAGAACCUCAAAAACGUAAUACGUUUAAAUAGGAAAACAACUUUUCAAGUGCAUCACUCUUGUUUGGGUACAUUCCUUUGCUGUAACAAUACGACGACGAGCUAAAAUUGCCUAAAUUCAAGUGUUUUGGAGAACAUUAAACAAAAGGCGACCAAUUUCUCUUUCUCUCUCUGAACUUGGAUAUGAUCGAUCCUUAGGAAUUCAACUUCAGUAGAGAUUGCCUACAAUAUACAAAGUGAGCAAGUUGAAAUAAUCGCUCUAAACGCGGCGUGUGGUUUUCUGUUAAUUUCGAUAUAGGACUCUACUACUACUGAAAGUAUAUUUUUGACUAGGUUUCGCGUCCAUCCCUUGAUCUCCCUUCCCAACCCCCACUCCCAGCAAAUUUGUGCCACAAAAAAAUCUCAUUUUCCUCGAAAUUCAACAUUGUUUGGGGUGGAAGGCGGGAGGUAGCCAGUUUUACCAUCAUGUAAGUGUUCCAGCACUUUCAAAGUCCAUUCAUUAGUCAUAUCCUGAUAAUCUUGCUGUCUUGUUCCUUUGCCACCUGAUACGUUGCAGGCAGGGCUCAACAUACCCACCAACAAUGUCCGGCCAGAAUGGCGUCUUGACCGGCCAAAAGCUCCACUCGCCGGUCAUGUUCACAGGUCACCCAAACUCUUCUUGAACAAACAGCCAAAUCCCUUAGAUUUUGUCUCUUUGUGUAAAUACAAUCAAAUACAAUCACGUUAAUAGACAUCUACGCAAGGAUUGGCUCACUUUUCUCCACUUUUUGGACCGGUCCAGAAACGUGACUUGACCGAGCAAAAAUUUCUUUGGCCGGUCAUCGUGUCCAGCCACAAUCCGAAAAAUUCUUUUUUGAGCCCUGCGUUGUUACGUUGAUACGUUGGCUGCCUGGUAGUCACAGGCAGGACUUCACAUUACACUUGAGAAAGCUUGACUCAUGUUUUUCCUGGUUUUUGUAACUUCUGAUCACUUAGCAAUUUUAAUUAAUUCUCUAUAUCUUUGUUUCAGAGUCAGUCAUUGCUUCGCACGCCACUGUAAGUGUAUUUCUUUUUACAAAAACCUUUGACGCAAUCGGUUGAACAAGUCAGUUUGUGACAUCUCGUGUGGUACAACUGUAUGCAUUAACGUGCCAUUUUUUCCAUGCUUGUAACAGGCGAUCGAGUAAAACGUACAAAAUGGAAGCGGAUCUGAAGAACGACGAAGAGGUAUAAUUAUGACUCAAGCAUACCUUGCUAUGACUCCCCUUUUGUUAGGGCUUGCGCCCCACUAGGUAAAUCCACCUAAACUGAAAGCAACGUAAAGUCGAUAUCUUCCGGUGUCUCAGAUGGUAAUCUGCCUAGAGAAUUCCAACGCCUUGGAAGCUCAAGAUAGCUCCGUUGACACAUCCGCAUGGAUGAACAACGCUGCCUGGAGCUUCUUGGAUAAAGCUUGCUAUUUCGUGAAGAACUGAUAAUGGUGGCAUUAAACGUUUAUAAAGAGGAGAAAGGGCAUCAUUGAUGCAGAUGGGCAACAAUAUGGAGAUUAUUGCUGCCGAGCGUUAGCAAGACGGUAUACUGUAUAUGAGGAAAAGUCCGAAUUUUUUUGGAAUGUCAGAUAGCAGGCAUGCACACUUUGUUAUCGUCAUCUAGGAAGGUCUUACAUAAAGUAGUACUCGCGCACAGCUAGCGAUCAAAUAGUCUAGGUUUCUGAUGAGGGAUCAGUUUCGCUUGGUUAUAAAUAUUUCGGCUCAAGAAUUUUUCCUUUUCCUCAACUGUCAGAGAGUGUAAUAACUGAAAGACUUAUAUUGUACGCCGAUAAUGUGCAAGCAGUGCAUUUACAGUCAAUUGUUUUGCCUCAUGGGUCGUAGCACGUCUUAAUUUGAAGAGUGAAUGAUUGCAUCAGUCGAUACGACUACUAUUUUAGCGGAAUCCCCUCUUUGCGCUCCUUUUUACUUAAAUAUCAUUGCAGCCUCAUAAAUUCUCUUUCGAGGGUCAGGUGUAGUUUUACAAUUACCUGUAGCAUUUUACGGUUUCACGCGAGCAUUCUUUCAGUCACAUCAAAACUCCUAGUUUAGUUUCCAUUUAUUUUUAUUCUACAGAAGGGGCAGGCAGUGGCUUUGAAUCAUUACGGAUCGUCACCAAGCCUGCCACGUCCAGAUCACGAAGAAUCCAGUGAGGUUAAAAUUUCGGUAAGCAGCGAGUAAAUUGAAUGUGAUGGUUGAGAAAACGUGCAAAGAUUAUCGUACUGUUUCUUAACAAAACCCACGAUUAUCUAGCCUUCAAAGUAGUGAUGCUAAAGUGAUUUUAGCCUUGAUGUUUUUUAGCGGAGCUCUGGCGCGCGAAGCGCGCCUGCGGAGCACCAUGGGUAAGUAAAUCUACCCAUCCCAGAAAAUUUGGUAAUCACGUGACCGUACACCGCCCGCCCGCCCGCCCGUCCGUCCGCACCACAGGGAAACCAGUGUUUAAUCCUCACACUUUCUAGCCAGUUUGGAAGCACAGGAAGACUGAUAUUGCACACAUAUAUUGCACAUCAAUGUUGUGAUCAAUUGACAGCUGUCAAAACAGGGUAUCCGCUGACCAGGAUCACCUGACCGUAUCGCGGGCUCAGGUGUCGACCCAUCGAGGUCGAUAUCUUUUUGAAGUUAUCCGCUGACAAGUAACUUGUUUUCAAAUGAUCGCAGGCUCAAGUUUAUUUUUUUAAAUUCAUAUGAAAUAUGUUGUGUUUUGUAUGUGCCGCACAAUUAAAAUGAUUUCAAACUGACCUAGGAAGCUAAAAUUCAGCCAGUUUUUACAGGCAGGGAAGACAUGCCAGUUGCUUUUGACUUUCCUCACCAAGGUCACGCGUUGGUCACGCUCCACGUCCAAUUUUUAUGCUCUGAUUGGUCAAAAUUUGACAGGUGAGUUCAUGCGGAAAAUUUAUGCAGCAUCUUGAAACUUGUUUACUUUGCUGAAGCUGACAGAGUUUUGUGUCAACUUGUGAUGUUUUAACUGUCUUUUUUCACUGAAUGUACAAAAUGUAAUUCAGCUUCUAUCAAGAGUCUUCUGUUAUUCAUGGCUAGUUUGUUUACUGGUCGUUUGGUUGAGAAAUACAUCGCUUGUCAACGUCGGAAAUCCGAUUUCGGAUGGCGUCGUUUUCGUUUUUCACCUUGCUGGAUGCGUAAGAGGGUUGAAAAGUCUGAAGCGAUUCUAGCCUUACUUGAUAGUUUUCAGUGCAUCUCGAAUGGUAAGCCCGAGUAAUUAUUGUAUUUGACGUUUGUUUUUUAUAUCUAAUUUAAUGAAGUCGAGCGUAGUUUAUGCGGCUAUUUAGUUUAUUCACGUUUUUAAUUGUAAGAUUUGAGACAAUGAUCUGACCGAGUAUCAGGUUUGAUUGUAAGCUUAUAGAACUUUAAAAAGCCUUUAGACAUUUUCUCACCGCAAAUAGAAAGAAAACGUUCCAAACAAUAUUUAGUUAUAAUUCUGGCUGUAAAAGAAAGCUUUGAGCGAUUUUCUUGCCUCGAGUUCAUCUUUGAAAAAGCAAACACCGGGAAGCCGGCUUACAAAAUGAAAAACAUAAACAAGGAUUUUCAGAGACACUUUAAUACUUGUCUUCGUAAAUGAAAAUUGUUGUCACUGUAUAUGUUUCAGGGAAUUAUUUUCCUUUUAUUGAUUGUUAGUAUUCUCUUUUGCAAUUUUUAUCGCUGUGCCGUUUGUUUUCAGUCGCUCAUGAACAUCGCUUGCAUGCAGGAGUAGUCAAAAUGCCGCGCGUAUCAAACGCUUUUGACGAUUAAACAUCGUUAUAAAACCAUUAAAUAAAAAAUAAACAUAAUAAAUUCUUUAUUAUGUUGAAGCGUAUAACUCUAUUAAUUAUAAUUUAAACAGUCGACUUUGGCGCUUGUCAAAAGUGAGAACCGGCUAGCCGUAUAGGUGAUUUUGGAAAUUUUUUAACGGUUUCGCUAAAAAGCCCACUCGUGCUUCGAUCGUCCUGAAUAUUGAGUGAGUGCAAUUUGUAUUGCAAAAUUGUGAAAUACUGCAUUCUGUCCGAGGUCUGUAUGAUAAAAACAGCGCCUCAUGGUACUGUUUCACCUCAGAUGUGAUGUAUAAAAAGUAUAAAAGGUUAGGUUAUACGUCCCCAGACUUGUUGGCAAGAUUUUGUAAAGUAAACUUGUCGAACGCAAAAAAAUCGGCCUGAUUUGUUUUCCAAGAAUUGUUUUCCAGACCUAAUCUACUGUGAUCAAGAGCCCGCGCUCUUAAAUGUGUGAUCGAAGAUGAUUGUUAUUUUUUGGGUGUACAUAUAAGGCUAUCAACUCGAUGUAAGAUUAAGUUCACUCUUAGCUUGGACUGUUUGCAAAUUACUUUUCUCUAAAAUCACUUAACCCUUCCCUCAAAAGUCACAUGAAUGUGCUCUAAAGUUAACUGAAUUGUGGGAAACAAGUUUAUUGUUUGUUUUGAAUUAUAAAUUCGAGUUAAUAUAUAGGAGCUUCGCUUUUAGCCCUGGCUAAAUCUAUAUAUUAUUAUUUUAGUUUUUAAGAGAUGGAAUUCAGUGUUCAAUAAUCCGUCCUCAGCUGGAUCAGCCUAGAGCUAACUGUCUGCGCCCAAAACUGAUGGCAGAAAUCAUUUUGCUUCCAUGUAAAGAGACCCCAGAAAUUUUCGCACCAUUGUACGUUUCUGGGAAACUGCCCACCUACCCCUCCCCUAAGCCAACAGUUUUCCCGAAGUGAGAAGUAAGUGUUAAUGUUGGCUUAGUGGAGGGGUAGGUGGGCAGUUUCCCAGAAACGUAUAACCGUACUUCCGGCCAAGGAACUAAUAAUCGAGCGUUCUUUUUUCAGACUCCUUCCUUGAUGCGAACUCCAUUGUUAGUAGUUUAAUGUGAAAUUCUCUUUUUGUCGGAGUUUUUGAUUGUUUAUCUCUGAAAUAAUGGAUUUAACUUGCAUUUUUUUCGUUUCAAACAGGAGAUCAAGCAAAACUUACCAGGUGAAUAAGGAACUAAAGAAGGAUCCAGAGGUUAGUUAAUCUUACUGUUGACAUGAUCGUAACCUUUACAGUGGCUGACACGAAGCCUAAAACAUGCACUCGACAGUGAUCAUUUGUUAUUGCAACAAGGGGUCGAGCCAACGACACUACUGCUAUCAUUCAGAUAUCCGCAUAUCCACCCCUUAUGCAGCCGAGAGAUGUGCUUCCUACAUUAAGCGCGAAACAGCUAUUUUAAACACGCUAAGCUGAAAACGUUUUAAUCUAGCUUCCGUUGGUGAGAUAAACAGUCGAGAAAUUAGCCAACCAGCUUUGACGUUCGGCUCUUUAAGUCACGGGAACAAGCCAAGGCUCACAGAAGAUCAAGAAACACACGAUGAAUCUUCGCAUUCAAGGUUUUUUUUUCUUUCACAUGUUGCACUAAUUUUUUGCACUUGGCUUCAGUUAUUGAUUGAAUUUUACCACUGACGUUUUUACUUUUUUCCUUCUUUCGCAGAAGCAGCGAACAGUCGCUAUGAAUCAUUACGAAUCGGCGGAGAAUCCAUCCAAUGUCUUUAGGAAGUGUGAAGAGGUUUUCGAAACAGUGUACAGUGAGGUGGGUGAUCCUACGAUGACUGCAGGCGACGUUGAAAGUUAUAACAACGUGGGAUUUGAACCAGAAAAUGGUACGGUUGAAGAGCAACGUGGCGAAAGAAGACCACUGGAAAUUUCUGUCGAAGAGAAACCGGAGAAAGAAUACGAGAACGCAGACAAGAGGGAGGGAAGUGGCAAGGAUAGGAGGGUAAGGUUUGAUUUGCGCGGCCUCAAGGAGAAGAAGCAACAGAAAAAGAGACAGCUACCUAUGGGGCAAAUUCCCGACAUUAUCGUUAUCACUGAAGAGGGACGUCGAGGCGGUAAUUCUAAAAUGGAAAACAAUGAGGAGAGAAGAGCAGUCGACAAUGAGAGUGAUGACGAUAACCUCCCAGCGGAUAUAACGUCCGUUUUUAAUGAUACAAGUGCAAUUGGAAAAGAAAUAAGCAACCUUGCGGAGAAUCCCGUCUCUGCGCAUUCGUCUGUCAUAAGCGAUGAAGAAGGGACGGUAGUGGAAAUUUGA